UUGACCAGCAUCUGAAUUUAUAACUAAGAGAUGCUUCAGAUGGUUCAGUGUGCAUAUUUCUGCAUGUGGCGUAUCUUGGCUGACAUAUUUCCUAAGACACUACAUAAAUGACAGGGGAUUUAUUUUCUGAAUCAAUUACUGAUUAUAAUUAAAUCUGUUUAUUCACCUUAACCCUCACGCAGCCUUCGAGGGGGUCAGUCUGACCCUACGAGACAAACUAUGAAACUUUUGAUUCUUUUUACUUUUUUUGGCCACAAGGCACCUACGCGUCGCAGGAUCCGCGGCGGCUCGGUCACCCCUCCCUUCUUCUUCGUCACAGGCCCUUCCCUCGUCCUCCCGGGGUCCUGCGCGACCCCAGCCCCCUGUACCUCCCCGUCAGGCGUCCUGCCGGGGUCUUGGCGCUGCGUUAGAAACCCAUUCUUUCGUAGCUCUCAUUGUGGCGUUCGUGUGCAGCCUUGUUCAUUGUGGCCAUUUGCUAAAUUUUUGUGCCCAGAGUGAGUCGCUGCGUGUGAAGAGCCAAUGGCAUCGAUGUUUCCACAGCGAGUCACUGAUCAGCGCGCUGCUGCAGGUUUAGUUGAGGUUAGGGUGGUCUGUCGAGGAGCUCCCGCCCCCCUGCGACUUGUCCACCGGUCUGUGGGGGAGUUGAGCCUCGUUGUAAAGCACAGCUCUGACAUGACGGGACAUGUUCCUGCGCCGUCUUCCUCCAGCACUGAAGGGGUUACAAUUUACAAAAAGGUAAAAGUUCUCUAACACAACAAAUGUUUAAGAAUUCAAUAGUUUAUUCUGGAAGUCAGAAUAGUUUGACUAACUUCGUCGAAUUUAAGCAUCACGUUUAAGUUUUUAAUGCUUGGAGUAGUGCUUGCUGGUCUCAGGCCAGUUUCCUUUGAUUUCAUAGCUCUGCCUGCCCCCCGCUGUACAGACGAUAACAUACAUACAUUUACUCUGCUUUGUCAGUAUUCACCGGACCUCAACAAACUCUACUGCCAAAUGGAGAAAACGAGCCCCGUGGAGAUUCUUGUGACUAAAGAACCUCCACAUGGUGCGGUUCUCAGAGUAAUGGCUGUCUACAAGAAGACGGAACAUCUGGCAGAUGUGGUCCGCAGGUGUCCACAUCACCAGAAUGGAGACGCUGCAGACCAUCGCAGUCGUUUGAUCAGAGUGGAGGGCAGCCAAAGGCCUCAGUAUCUUGAGGAUUACAACACAAAAAGGCACAGUGUGACUGUUCCCUAUGAGCCGCCCCAGCCGGGCUCAGAGAUCACCACCAUCCUGCUCAGCUUCAUGUGCAACAGCUCCUGCAUGGGAGGCGUGAACCGCAGACCCAUCCUCACCAUCCUGACCCUUGAGACUUCAGACGGACAACUUUUAGGUCGAAGAUGCUUCGAGGUGCGUGUCUGCGCGUGUCCCGGCAGGGAUCGUAAAACAGAGGAGGCAAAUAGUGCCAAACCGCAGACAGGGGCCAAACAAGUGAAGAAAAGAAAAAGUGCCCCAGCAACAGAUCCUGAUAUGUGCAAAAGGAAGUCUAGCUCAAGCACAGAUGAGGAGGAAGUACUUAUGUUGCCAGUUAAAGGCCGUGAGCGCUAUAACAUGUUAAAAAAGAUAAAUGAUGCAUUAGAACUGGCUGAAAAAGAGGCUAAAAACAAAACCAGGGCUUCUAAGGUACUGCUGCCGUCCAGUGGAAAGCGCGUCUUGCAAAAAGCAGAACGAAGCGACAGCGACUAGUUGCAAUCUGCCUUCUUUUAACUGCCAUGUACGAGUACGAACAUCUACGAUCAUGAUU